CCGAGCCGGGAUAGCGGGGGCUAUUUGCUCCUGGGUACCCGCCACAGGUUAGCGAGUCCAGUCCGGGGCAGCGACCUUGGCGCCCCCCCCCGCCGGGAAGGGCCACCCGCCCAGCGGAGCAAGUCAGCUUGCCAAGGUGCAGCCGGGGGAAAGGGGGAGGCUGCUACCCCUCCCGAUCCGUAUCGUGUAUCCUCCUGCCGCCCGCCUCGCUCCCUGCCCAGCUGCGGGAGGGAAGCGCAGAGUUGCUGCGUGCGGUGCCGGGGAGAGAAUUACCGCCUGGCUUUCGCCUGGCAAACUGCAUCAAGCCUCGGGGAAAUACUAGCCGCCGCUCUGCGGGCUGAAUGCAAAGGAGCUGCCCAGGGAUCCGGGCUCCCUCCAGCCCCCGCGGGGCAGCAGAGGCGUUUUCGCUGGAGCCCUGGCCCCCAAAGAGAAGCCGAGUGCACCGGCUGCAUCUUCUGGAUACUUUCGGGUUUCAGCCGCUGGAAGAAACUGGGCUUUAGACAAAUCCAACCCGCUGAUGGGGGGAGUUUGACCCCGCCUGGCCCAGGAGCACAGGACGGUGCAGGCAGCUGUGCCAAGGAGCCACCCUCGAGAGGGGCAGAUCCCCUCCUCCCCCUGCGCGUGGGGUCCGCCUGCAAGGCUGGGAUGCGGUGACCCAGGUACUAAAGGAACCAGUCUGUGCCCCUGGAGCUGCAGCUCUCCUGCCUGGCUGGAGCUGGGGGCUCCCUGGCUGCAGCCUUCCUCCUGCUCAGAGGGGCUGGAAUUAGGGGGGCUGCUGCCCCCCCUCCCCUGCUUGACGUGGUUUCCAUCACAUCCAGGGUUUACAGUUUGGUUCAACAGCUCUCACUGUACGAAUGGUUCCAGCGCCCCUGCACCUGCUUCUCCUCUGAAGGGAAUGCAGCUGCUCCCCAGCCAUGCUGGGCUGCCCUGUGCCAGGUGGAGACGUCCCUGGUAGUUGGAUUUAGAGGGGACCAGGACUUCCUGCAGCGUGAGAGGGGGGCCCAGCCCUGCCUCCCCGCCCCCCUCCCAGCCCACUCAGGAUGCUGGCCGGCUGGAGAGAGCUCUCUGCAGGGAUUGGUGCCACGCUUUGCUGCCUCCUCUUCUUCUGGCUCUUGUAUUCUCAUCCGCCUAAGGAAGGGAAGGAGCUGGAGGUGGGGACGUGUGAGAUUACGGCACUGAACAGAGACCUUAGCCACCCCAGGAGGAUGAUCGCCCGGCAGACAGCACGCUGUGCCUGCAGGAGAGGCCAAGUUGCAGGCACAACAAGGGCAAAACCUGCCUGUGUGGAUGCUCAGCUCAUUGCCAGUAAGCAGUGGUGCGGGAUGGAGCCUUGUGACGAAGGAGAGCAGUGCACUUUGUUAAUAAAUCGUUCAGGCUGGAGCUGCACUAGACGACUGGGACGAAUAAAAACCGUCACAGUCUCCUGACAGCAGCAGCUGACAGCCCGAGCCUGGUGCCUCCACUCCUGGCUGCCGCAGCAGUACAAAUACCGCCGCCCUGGGGUAAGGGGCCAGCCCCUCUGUCUGCAUCCCCGUGGGUCGGUCUCCUUGCAGCAGGGCCUGGCAAGUCUCUGCUCUGCAGCCCACACACUGGACACAGAACCGCCUGGACAGAGUGUCUCGCUCUGUUGCCGGCUGGAAUGAUGCAAAACAGCUGGAAAGACGUGUUGGGUUUAUCCCUAUCUAAUGGAUUUCUGUCAUCCAGAGGGGUUUUAACUGAAAUGCAUCUUUCUGCAAAUCUUUUCAUUGUGAACAGAGGGAGCAGCCCCUUGGCACCCAGAGGGUUAAAGAGUGGGCAUAUUUGCUGCGGCUGGCUCACUAGGGAGCAGCCCAGGCUGUGAGACCCAAGGAGAGAUGGACACAGACUGACGUUUAACCACAACGGAGCUGAAGUUAGGGAUGUCUGUCCACCACCUUGAAGCAAACUCUCUUUUGUAUUUCUCCUCCCCACCCAAUCUCCAGAGAGUGAGAGGAUGCAGAGGGGAUAGCACCGGAGAGAAGGUGCUAAGGUCGUCUCAUCUCUACCCCACUGGUUCACCUUCAGCCCUUUAGAGAGUCCCCCGAGGUUGUGGGGUUGUCUGAACCAAGCCCCCACCCCACACUCAGCAGCACAGGUUCCCCACAGGCUGCUGAGUUGUUCCAUAGGGAAACACUGAUUCGAUGAGUUUCUCUUUCCUUUCCAUUUGCAACUUGUCCAUCAGCAGCUCACAAUUUCCCCAGGUUUAUUCAGCAGCUCAGAACAAAUGGCCCAAUUAUUCCUACAGAUAAAUUCUCAGCCUGUCACCCACUUGCAGUCAAUUCAUCACUGGGUGGGUGGGGAAAAAAUAAUCUUUCAAUUGAGUCAUGUUCAUUUGUUUUGAUUGGUCCCAUGGUGGUGUUUUGGGGCCUUGACUGGGCAAGCAUCGCUCUUGGGAGGAGAUUACAUGUUCCGAAUUGGGGUCCCAUGAGUGCCCUCCACCUUCCCGCUGACGUCUCUGCUAUGAAACGUUGGCUAGGAGAUUCCCAGAGGGCGGCAGGGGUUCAGUUCUUGUCGGCGGAGUAUAGUCUGGGGAGGUAUUUGCCAUGUGCAUGGGCAGGAGGGAGAGAGAGGGUGGAGUGAGGACGUGCUGAGACCCUGAGCUGCUGGGUUGUUUGCCUCACACUGGUCUGAUCCCACAGUGGAAGUAAGAGGAAGGACAGGGGAGCCGGCCAGGGUGCUGGGGAAGCACUCAGGGCUCGAUGUUGCAGCCUUGUCUAGACCAGGAUUUAGGAGGCGUUGGCUAACUUGUGUUCACGGCCUGGUGCAGACAAGGCAGAGUGCCUUUAACACACGUUGCAUGGCUCAUGUUAAAGCCUGGGUCAAGGCACCAGUGUAACACAUAUUAAAAGCACACUGCCUUGACCACACCAGGCUGUUAACACCUUCCAAAUCCUUGUCUGACAAGGCCUGAGAGGUGCUGAGUGCCUACAACCCACUCUGAAGCUAAUGGGAGCUGAAGUUGCUUGGCACCUCUCAGGAUCAGGCCUUUUCUGCUGUAUAGAGAGCACUCUAUGGUAGUCAGAACUACACAUCUGAAGAAGAGAAGGUCCAUGCCCUGAAGAGCUUAUCCUUAGAGAGGCACCUGAGCCAAAGCUGUGGGUGCAGACAUCCCCAAGCUGUGGACAAGUUUGGAUCUCAGAGCCUUGCAUGUCCUUCUCCAAGGGACCAACAGGUACAGAGCCAUCAACACACAUGAAAUACAUCUGGUCACUAGUGCAGACGGGCCCUGCAGAACAGCCGGGUCUGCAUGGGAAGAAGGAGGCCCAUAGGAAAGGUCACUUGCAAUUCAAGAGGACAGCAUGGCAGAAGGCAAAGAGCAGGCCAAGGGGCAAGACCAACAUGGAUCAAAGUUUGCAGGAGUCCUUGAGGCACUGAUUUAAACUAGGAGAGGCUUGAUCCCUGCUGCUGGGGCAUCUCUGAAUGCUAGAUAGUGGGGCAGCAUUGUCCAAGAGGGGUCUCACUCUGUGCCCCCAAUACUGAGAGUCAACAGGCAGCUGGCUGGUGAUUUACAGCAUUUUCCUAUCCUGGUUCCAAGAGUGGCUUUGUAGUUGGGGAUUGCAGGCUGGGCCAUGGGCUGGGUUCCACUUUUCAUUCCCUGCAGGUGACCUGGCCCAGUCCUCUCUCACGUGGCAUAAAGAGCUGGCUGCUGCUAAGGCGAAGAUCCCCGUCCUUAGCAAGCCCCACUCCAUCAUCUUGAAAAUAUUAACAGGGGUCCUUCUCCUCUCCCACCAUCUCAUUGCAAGUGGGACUGUGAUCCAUGGAAUUUUUUCCACUGUAAUAAGUUUCCAAAAAAAAAAAACUUGUGAUGUCAACAAUGUAAGGAAAUAAAAUUCUAACUUUAUUAAUCAAA